AUGACGUCAUUUAACAAGAAUGGAAUACAAUAUCAAAUAAGUAGUGAAGAGUUGGCUAACCAUUAUUUUAAACACAUUAAUAUUUGCCGGUGUGACACACAAAAGUGUCAAUUAAUUGGAAGAGACGGUCAGUCGAAGAGAAACGUACCACCAAUGUUGAAGAAAAUACUACAGAAUGAUGUACAGCUUACAAAGAAACUUGUUGAGUCUGCAACAAGGGUUACAUGGACGAGAUCACUACGCAAUCAUUCAAAAUUAUUCGAGGUGUCUUGCCAUGGCAUUGUGUGGUUGGCAGCCUGGCUCACAUUUAUCUGGCUAUUCAACAAGCCAGACCUCUAUCAGUUGCAAGUUAAUAUGCUCAUAGCACUCAUCUUGGACAUCAUAGUCAUAGCUGUACUGAAGGCAUUUGUCCGUCGCCGGCGACCGGUGCCUAUGAACAAGCUGCUAGAAGUUGGACCAGACAAGUUUUCCUUCCCGUCUGGACAUGCAAGCCGAGCCUGUAUGGUGGCUACUAUCCUUAUAUUUAAUGAAAUUCCUAUCUUCUGUCUCCCACCUCUUCUUGCGUGGGUGACUACAGUGUGCCUCACUAGAGUACUGGCUGAAAGGCACUACAUUUUGGAUGUAUUGUGUGGUAUGGUGAUCGGUAUCCAAGAAGGUUUACUAAUGUAUGUGCUGUGGCUGUCUCAAAGCACCUGUGCCUAUGUCAUAAGUUCCUUAUCUGAUGAGAAGGUUGAUGGAGGAGAAUAUCAUGUGUGA